AUGUUUCACAAAAAUUUGAUCAUUUUAUUUGUUUUAAUUUGUUUGAACACUUGUAAAUCUUUCUACUUACCUGGAAUUGCACCGGUUCAUUUUUGCCCGUCCAGUGUUUCUAAUGAUCACUGCCAGGCAGAUGUUAAGGUGUUUGUAAACCGAUUGAACUCAGCUGAUUCUGUGAUACCUUAUGAAUAUAGCUACUUUGAUUUCUGUUCGAAUAAUAAUGAAGAGUCUCCAGUGGAAAACUUAGGUCAGGUUGUGUUUGGGGAGAGGAUUCGUCCGUCUCCAUAUAAGUUCACUUUCAAAGAAGAUGAAUCUUUUAGAUUUGUUUGUGAUGCAAAAACCUAUUCAAAAGACAAUGUGAAUGAUAAGAAGAAGAUUGAAAACUUGAAAAAUGCAAUAAAACUGAAUUACCAACACCACUGGAUAAUAGACAACAUGCCUGUAGCAUUUUGUUACCAGCAAUCGGACAAGGAUCAGUUGUAUUGCACUCCGGGCUUCCCAAUCGGAUGCUACAUUAACGAACAGCUCCUUGGAAAAAAUGGCUGUGAGAAAUUGAUAACCAAGCCAGUUAAGAACACAUACUACUUGUUCAACCACGUCGACUUCACCAUUGAUUAUCAUGCUAAGGAGAAUGAUUGGGGCGAGAAGCUUCCAAAUGAAGCCGGCAGACUUGUUAAAGCCAAGGUUAUUCUCAGAAGUGUGAAGCACUUGCCAGGCAAGUCAGGUAAGGAAGCCUUUGUUGAUGUCUCUAUGGACCUGCCAUCCAACCUCACAGCAAACUUUCAGAUCCGGUACUCGUAUGGAGUCAAAUUUGUGGAAAACAGACAAGUGAAGUGGAGUUCUAGAUGGGAUUAUAUUCUGGAUUCACUUUCUGAUCCCAAGAUUCAGUGGUUCAGUAUAGUCAAUUCUCUGGUGAUAGUGCUGAUGCUCUCAGGCAUGGUCGCCAUCAUUCUGUUGCGAACCCUGCACAAGGACAUUGCCAGAUACAAUUCAUUAAAUGAGAAGCAGAAAGACGAGGAGGAGGAGUUUGGAUGGAAGCUGGUGCAUGGAGAUGUCUUCAGAAGUCCGUGUUGUGCCCUGCUCUUGUCAGUCUUCCUUGGCAAUGGAGUUCAGCUGCUCUUCAUGACACUCAUCACCCUACUGUUUGCCUGUUUUGGGUUCCUCUCCCCGGCAAACAGGGGUUCAUUGAUGACCUGUGCCCUUGUCCUCUACGUCUGUCUGGGUACUCCUGCUGGGUACGUCUCCUCGAGGAUCUAUAAAAUGCUUGGAGGUGAAUCUUGGAAGAGAUUGGUCUUCAUGACCUCGCUCAUGUGUCCAGGAUGUUUAUUCCUCGUGUUCUUCCUGUUGAAUCUGGUCUUCUGGUUUUUGGGUAGCAGUGCGGCCAUCCCCUUCACCACCCUCAUUGCCAUUUUGGCUCUCUGGUUUGGAAUAUCUGUUCCUCUCACCUUCAUAGGUGCUUUCUUUGGAUUUAAGAAAAUGACUCUCCAGUUGCCAGUAAAGACGAAUCAGAUUCCACGACAGAUCCCAACAGGAUCCUGGUACACGCACUGCAUCUCAUCCGUCGUCAUGGGUGGGGUCCUGCCGUUCGGAUGCAUUUGCAUACAACUCUUCUUCAUCCUCAACAGCAUCUGGGGUCAUCAAGUGUACUACAUGUUUGGUUGUUUGUUCGUCAUCUUCGUCAUUCUUCUGAUCAUCUGUUCGGAGACGGCGAUACUUCUCUGCUACUUUCAACUCUGUGCCGAGGACUACAGAUGGUGGUGGAGGGCUUUCCUGUCCAGUGGAUCGACUGCCUUCUACUUCUUUGGCUACUGUGCCCACUACUUCUUCACCAAGAUGGAAAGUGCAGGAGUGCUUAGCGCCAUGCUCUACUUUGGGUACACGUUCAUGCUGUCCUUCAUGCUUUUCCUGCUUACAGGCACCAUUGGAUUCCUGUCCUGUUUCUGGUUCGUCCGAAAGAUUUAUAGCGUAAUCAAAAUAGAUUGAUUGAAUUUGAAUUUUCAUGUCGAUAUCUAUACCACGAAUUAGCCGUCUAUUAAUUUAUUCUUCUAGCGACAUUGAUAUAUCUAACAUCCAUUGUAUAGUAGCAAACUCAUUCAGCCAGCCACUCGGUCAAUUAAUGCAUUGGCUGAUCGCCAAAUAACUUCACUAACCACAUUCGUUAUUUUAUAGUUUGUUUUAUUAUCGGUAUGCUUGCCUAUUAAGCAUAAAAGGGUUGAUGCAUGCCUGAGUAUUUUGUUUCUGGACAUGUUUAUUUUUCUUUCGUGAUACUCGUUACGUUUAAUGAAUGCUUCUUAUGGCAACAACUUCUACAAAUGUAAAAAAGUUUGUUUAGAUGUUAUUUAAUGAUUGUAGCCGUAGUUGUUCAUUGAUGGGAUUUUAUAAUUAGUGAGGGCGAGUUUCUUGUUUGAAAUGCGCGAUAAACUAUUUUAUGCUGUUAUGGUCUGAAGUUAUUGUUUUGGGUAUGCCUAGGUUUUAAGUUUAUUUAAUUGAUACUACGUAUAAUAAACAAAUGCAUAUAUGUAAAUGUUUAUAUACAGGUACGAGUACAUCCCUAUUUUUAAAUUGCGUUAAAUACAGAUGCAUAUAUUUUAUAUAUACAUUUAAAAACAUCGAUUUUAAUUUCAUUCUAAUUUCUAUAUUAUCAAUGUUUAGUUUGGUUGUUUAUUAGGUUAAUUUUACCCUCUUCCAAUUAACAUUUGGCAUCAGGUUUGCCAGUCAAAUGGGUGAAUGUGUUUUAAAACAUUCUCUAACAUUAUUUCAUGGUUUUAUUAUUAUUUAUUUAUUUAUUGUUUUGUUUUCAAGUUGAAAUAUUUAUUCUUGAAUAUAUAUGCAGAUCAAUAAAAUUUGUUUGCAACACAUCUGCAUUCAAUACUUUGAUUUUUGCUACCUAUCUCUGCAUGUACAUUGUAUAUACAUGAAAUAGGACAGUUGAAUUAUAUACCGAUGGAGUUAAAAAGAAGUUAUUCUUGCUUUGAUUGGGAUGGUUGGUUGGUAGUUUUUCACGAUUUUAUGGCGAUAUCGGUUGUAACAACGGUACAUUCGAAUAAAAAUUUAUACAUCCUCA